AUGUUAAUUUGGUGUUCAGAAACCUUUCUUGGCGGAAGAGAAAACGUUGUUCAAGCCUUAUUAUCCGCACCUGAAUAUGAUUUUAAAAUCCUACAAUAUGGUUGCAUAACACACAGACAAAAUUAUAAAAUCAAUUACUCUUUUCCAAUUAAGAAAUUAAAUAACGAAAAUGAAAAGAGUAACCAUUCCAAUGCAAUUGAUAAAAACGAGGGAGAUCUAGUAAAUCAUAAUGGUAGCUUAGCAAAACAUAGUUUUUCUUCACCAUUUCCAAGCAAAACUUUUUUUGACGUGAAUGAAUUAUUAGAUUAUGCUACUGCUAGAUUUAAGGAAAAUUUUAUUAUUGAUGAUAUUUUUACUUUAUCGGAUUUGCAACUAUUACAAAAAAGACCAUUCUUCUUUCAUAUUCAUGUUGACACAUCUUUAUCCAAGAAAAUAUGUAAUUAUGAUGAAAUAUGCAAGGAGGAUAACAACAUUUCAAUUUUUAAUUUCGUGAAAAAAUCUGACGAGUUUUUGUUCAAAUACCAAAAAUUGUGGGACCAUGCUAAUCUGAAAUUCUUUAUAACCGAAGGUAGCUCGACUGGGCUUGUAGAUCUUAUUAAGGACAAAUUAUUUAAAUUAGAAGUAUUCACCAAUGUCAAGAAUAAAAAUAGUCCCUUUAGACCCUCUUGGGAUUCCUAUUUUAUGAAGUUGGCGAAUUUGGCUGCGUCAAGAUCUAACUGUAUGAAAAGGAGAGUUGGCUGUUGUAUUGUGCGUGAUUGUAGAGUUAUUGCUACUGGGUACAAUGGAACACCAAGAAAUUUAACCAAUUGUCAUGAUGGUGGUUGUCCAAGAUGUAAUAAUGGCGAGUCUGGGGGCUUACAUACUUGUUUAUGUUUACAUGCAGAAGAAAAUGCACUGUUGGAAAGCGGUAGGGACAGAAUUGGUGAAAAUGCCACACUGUAUUGUGAUACGUGUCCCUGUUUAACUUGCACUGUCAAAAUUGUACAGGCAGGGAUUAAGGAAGUUGUAUUUUCUCAAAGUUAUAGUAUGGAUCAGGAGAGUUUUAAAGUUUUUAAAAGAGCUGGCGUUUUGGUCAGACAAUUUUCGCACUCGGAAAACGAUGUGAACAGAAAAACUAUUUAUAUAUAG